AUGGAUAUCAGGUGGACGCUAGCGUAUUUUUCGUUUUCUGUUUUAUUGGUUUUAGGUGACGCUAGAAAGUCGAGUGAACCAGCAACCCUGAAACAACCAAAAGUCCCGAAGACGCCACAAUCCUCGAAGUUAACAGCAGCCAACACGAAACAAGCAGCCCAGAGCAAAACACCAGCGUCAACACCUACAUCACCAACAGCACCGUCAACCGAUCCCCAAAUAUGUGACCUGAAGAACAAUAAAUCAGAAUUUGCAUUGCCCUCGCUGCAAUGCACGUUACGGGAACUCCCGCAAAACGUUAAAGGCAAUUUGACUAAUUACAUGACCACUAGAGGGAAAAAUGAAACCCACCUAUUGGAGGAAAUUUGCGACGCUAUAAAAAAGAGAAAAAACCCAGAGUUUAUGUCUAACUAUACGGAGAAUGACAAAGAUAUGAUACACGAUACCUCAACACUGUGCAGAAUAAGGCACACAACAAAAUCUGAAUGCGAAAUGCCAAACUUGAUUAAGUAAAAAAUGCACCGCUUCCACGAUACGCUUUUCUCUUCAUUCUGAUCUGGGAGUGUAACGUAGCA